GUACCGGUAUAGAGGCCGAGGUGGACCGGCCGCACCGCUCGGUCGGCGUAGGGGCGCGACCGGCUGACAGCGGUCGCGACAUCGACAGUGUUUGUUGUUGCUGUAGAUUUUCUGUGAAACAGGUACAGAUUGUUUUCUAUUUGGUACUCAAUAAGACAUCAUCAUGACAUCAUCUCAAGGAGUUUACAAAUAUCCAGAUGGAGAGGAAUACAAAGGAGAAUGGCUGGAAGGAAAAAGGCAUGGUGUAGGAGAGCUGUAUCUAUCCGAUGGAUCCAAAUACAGCGGGCAGUUUGACAGUGGACUCUGCUCAGGACAUGGUACACUGCUCUUUGCUGAUGGGUCAAGGUACGAGGGUCAGUUCCAACAGGGCAGGUUUGAUGGUUUAGGUGUGUUCACACGACCGGAUGGUAUGCUGUUUGAAGGAGAGUUUAAACAAGGAAAAGUGAAUGGAUUAGGGUUGUUGACAUUUGCAGAUGGCACCCAUGGCUUACCAAGGAACGAAGGACUGUUUGACGGUACCAGGCUCGUCGAGAGACAACGAGCAAGAGACAUCGUAACAAAAGCCAAACAAGCCGCUCAAACCGCAAAGAAUAUACAAGUCAGAGUGUAGAUAGACAUUCCAGGGGGAAAACAAUUGAGUAAAAUCUGUUUCAAUGAAAUGUACUUAUGCCGUCAUGGACGUGUUAUUUUAGGAAAAGAAUAUACGUGACCAGGCAUGGCAAAACCCACAAAAAGUCACCCAUAAAUUGAUUUUCAGUAAGAUAUAAUCAGAUAUUUUCAGUAGAUGUCCCUUCUGAAAGAGGAGAUUCUCAGCUUUAAAAUGAGAUAUAACUCACAACUUAUUUUAUGAUCAUAACCCUUGUUAUAAGGAUAAGAAUUCAUCAGAAUGCUACAUUUGAGAAAUGAGGAAUUUAAGUCGACCAAUCUAUCGAUUGCAGGUCCUAUAGAAAUGCAAUCCUAAAGAUUGCAUAGUACCCUAUUUACUGUCUCCUGCACAUAUUUUGGGCUUUCAUGUAGCUUCAUGCAUUUGAAAUUUAUAAUAUUUACUAACUCAAUGUCAUACGUUGUCGCUAUAAUGAUAUAAGUGACAAGUUGGAAGUUGUUAUCUGGAAUUUGAAAUGUUUUAUAUUGUAUAUAGUUUUUCUCAAAGAUAUUAUGAAAAAAACCCUUAUCCUUAUUUCAAACUUUCAAGGCACUUUUAAUGGUCAUUGAUAUCCAAUAUAUUAUAUGAUAAAUAUUUCAUUAUAUGACAACUAGUCUUUAUACUUGUUAGUAAUGUACCAUUAACAUUGGAAGUUGUAUUCAUUAAUAGUAUUAAAGCUCACAGACAUUCAUUCUUUUUUAUUCUGUUUUCUAAACUAACAUUCCAAUUUUUGAAAAAUGUAAAGCUAUGAAUGCCUACAUGUGAAUCCCCUUGUGUUUUUUGUACAUAGUGGUAUAAUUUUGCAAGGUGUAAAAGUUAACUUUCAUAAGUCAAAUAUUUGCCCAACAUAUUUGUCGAACAGAUUUUUUAAGGCAAAGUUAGCUGUAUUCCUCCAUUCACAUGAACGUGAAAAGGGGUUCACUUUAUUGGUUUCCAGUCGCUGAGACUGAGAAUGUCAUGAUUUACUUGUCCAAUCGAUAAAGAAGCAAUGUCAAUAUUCAAUAUAUUUUUAUACACUAGGAAAUCAAAAUCAUUGUCCUUCUCUCUUCCCCUCUGUUUGUCUCCCUCUUUCUCUUUCCAUUUCUCAUUAGGCAAAUACUGUAUAUAGAUUACUUUUCUUUAAAUUAUAUGUACUUAUGUAGGGAUGAACAUUAGAUCUGAUUAAUGUUUUCAUAAUUUAUUGAGGAAAUCUGCUUUCACUGUACACUUGCAUAUUCGUAAGAUUCCCUUACUUUCUUCAGCAGAUUCCCCCCCCCCCCCAAAAAAAAAAAAAAAAAAAAAAAAAAUGUGACACCCUUUUAUAAAGAACCAAAAUUAAUUUGAAUACAAAGCAGGCUGGACUGGCAACAUGUGAUGUAUAAAAGUUAUAUAAUGCAUGCGUAAUAUCAAUUAAUUCCUGAUUUUCCCUCAUUUUUUCCUUCUGAAAAAGAUAUCAAAUUACCUUUUAAGCAAAGGUGUUUUUAUGGCAAGUCAUGAAAUUGGAUUAAAUGUUUAUGAAUUAUAUAGAGAUAUUCAAUUAAUGGGCUGGCCCAAAUUAGAUUAUUAAUAAUUCUUAUCAAUACACGUAGAUCACUUCCAGUUAAUUAAGAUCUCAUGUUGAUAGUUAUAUAUAAGUUUGAUUUUUUUUUUAAUAUGAUAUACAUAUAGAUGAAGGGUGCUAUGUUGAUAAUACAGUGUGGUUAGUAAGUCCAAUGCAGUGACGGAUACAAAAAAAAUUUGAAGAAAAAAGGGGUGCGCUAUAAUCAAAUUUGGAAAUAGAUAGGGUGCAUGUGACAUUUUCCCUAGAUUUCUGUAUUGAUAUAUUUAUUCACAGGAUCGAAAUUUAGAAGCACCACCUAGAUACACCUCUGUGUAAUGCAGACAAAAGGAUAAGAAAUUUACUUGGUUUAUAAAUCAACAUUCUUAAAAUAUUUAUCAGCAACUCAUCAUGUUGAUUGUUUUCUCUCUUUUUUUUUUAGUUUGACAUUUAUAGUGAGUGUUAAUAAUGCAAUAUAAUAUUUGUGUCUUUCACCAAGUAAUUUCUUUGUGUUCAAUGUAUCACUGAGUAUGAUUAAAUUCCGACAUAGAUCAAAGGAAAAAUAAAAUGAUUUGGCAAUGCUGGGUUGACGAAAACAUGUCUCUCGGAUAAGUACAUGUACAUGUAUAUCCCUUGAAAGGAAAUUACUGGUUUAAGCCCAACCUUCACAGAGUUGUAAGAUUUUGAAUAACUGAAAAGCUCAGGCCAAAGCAGUUUUCUCCAUUGAGCACCGCUUUGAAAAGCACUAGGCAUGGACUAGAGAAUUACUGAAAGGGAGCGGUGUUAGAUCAAAGUCAGAAUUUACUGCAAGGUCAAGGGUCAUUGUGCUUGGUCCAUGCUUCCUGUCAACUUGGGUCUUGUCUUACAAAGAUUGGUGAUUGUCUGAUCAAACUCAACUAUCAAUGUCAUACUUUUUCAAAAAGGAAAUUUGUAGUGUUCUUUGUAAACAAAGAGCGUUCUGAAUUUUCAAGACAAUGACGACUAUAUGAAUUUACAUCAUAUCCAGAAAUUAUUGUGAGCAAACAUGUAUUUUAGAUGUUGGCGUUGCUGGCCUUCCGUACUCAUGGUCAAUUGGAUCAAUCGCAACUCUUUGUAAGACGAGACCCUGAUGUAGGUGUGUGUAGAUACCUAGACAGUUGACUGGCUUUUGGGCUUAUUUAUUGAAAGGAUACCUGGAAAGCAAGUGCAGUUGGCUGUGAAUAACAUGUAUUUGAAUGCACAUUUCAAUUUGGUACAGAUCAUUUCAGUGCGGACUAGAAUUUGGAGGAUAAAUGAAAGGGGUAUUGUAUCAAGUGGUCAGGAGAGCUCGGCCCCAUCUUACAAAGAGUUGCGAUUGAUCCGAUCAAUCGCAACUGUCGUAACCCCAGCAUCUAAAAUGCAAAUUUGUUCAAAAUAUUUUCUAGAUGUAUAUUCAUACAUUCAUCACUUUCUUGAAGAUUCGGUGUGAUUCUAUGUCAAUAGGAGAUUGUGCAAAUUUCCUGUUAAAAAAAUUAUGGUAUGGAUGGAUUAUAGUUGCGAUUAAUUGGAUCAAUCGUAACUCUUAGUAAGAUGGGCCCCAGAAAAACCAACAAAGCUGCCACUAUUCUUGAUCCAAUGGGAUAGUCUUAUGUCUGACACAGCAUAUGGAUUCAUUAAAAAGUGAGCCAGACCUCAGUUGAUAUAUUAAGUAGUCUAUUAAAAAGAAAUUAGUAUUUUGGGCAAGGAGUUGAGACAAGGACUUGUAACCCCAACAACAUUUUUUUAAUCUUGAUUUUGAUGAUGAGCAUUGAUGAUAAUGAAAUAAGUUUAUUAAAGUAUUUUGACAUACAUAUAUAUAUAUAUUA